GCACAGGAAAUGGAAGCAGCUGGGUUGGAUGUCUCGUCUGACUUUCAGGCGAUCUUUAUAAUUUUAUGAGUGUGGAAAGACCUCACUGACAGUGUUUUUCGUGUCCGGUGGACGAAGGAGAAUGGAUUCAGGAAGCGAACGUCGAGGAAUCUACGUGGAUCAGGCGGCCUUGCUUUGCACGAAAGGCUGUGGAUUUUAUGGCAAUUCAGCCUGGGGAGGUCUUUGUUCUAAAUGUUGGCGUGAGGAUCACCAUAAGUCACAAGCCAAGCAGAUUGAGGAUGACCAUGCACUUGCAGCAAGACUGCAACGAGAAGAAGAAGAGGCAGCCUAUGCAAGUAGGAACCAGGGGGCAGACUCAGGAACCUCGCCCGCCCAGCUGAGCAAACCGGAAGAGAAGAGAAACAGUCAAAAAUCUCGCACUGUCCCCUCAGGAAAGAAAUUUUUCACCACGCUUGCAAAGACGACGCUAGGCAGAGAUGUCAACACUCCCAGCCAGCCGCCUCCCACCACGUCCAUCAGUCAGCAGUUACAGGCUACAGAACCUGACCAGGCCACAAGACAGUUCAUCGAUUUCCUGAAGACCAUGCAAAAGCCUGGACGGGACAUUUUUAAACAAUGCCAUUCGUUCUGUCACAGUGUAGCUUACAAAAAGGAUCUUGGCGCAGACGAUCUCUCGGAGGCUGUGCAGGACUUUUACCAGAGCAUGUCUGACCGGCUGCACAAUAUCUACAAAGGGAAUCCAGAGCGGGUAGAAGCAAUAAUGGAUGAAGUGGAGAAGUACAUAACGCUGCAGUUGUAUGAACAGGUUUUCUGUCCUGAAUCUGCAGAGGACGAGGCCAAAGACUUGGCCAUCCAGAAGAGAAUCAGGGCUUUGCACUGGGUUACGGUUCAGAUGCUGUGUGCGCCACUAAAAGAGGAGAUCCCUGCAGUGGCAGACAGUCUGGACAGGGCGAUCACUGAUAUAAUCGAGAUGGAUUCCAAGCGAGUGCCCAAGGAUAAACUGGGUUACGUCACCAGGUGCAGCAAGCACAUCUUCAGCGCCAUUAAGCGCAGCAAGAGAGAGGCCGCGUCGGCUGACGACUUCCUCCCCGUGCUCAUCUUCGUGGUGCUAAAGGCCAACCCGCCUCGGCUGCAGUCCAACAUCCAGUACAUCACCCGCUUCUGCAACCCCAGGCGCCUGAUGAGCGGCGAAGACGGGUAUUACUUCACCAACCUGUGUUGUGCAAUAGCGUUCAUAGAGAAGCUGGAUGCCCGGUCUCUAAACCUGACUACAGAGGAGUUUGAACUCUAUAUGUCUGACCAGGCGUCCCCUGAGAGGCCACAGGCCCGUGGAAUCUCUCUUCCCCCACCCUCUUCAUCACGAAGCGGCCCGAGAGCCGACAGGCCGGAGAACGAUCUCAUCAAUUGGAACGAUGAGGUCGGAGUGGAGGCUCCUGUUCAGAAUGUCCUGGAAGGGCUUCACCUGGACUCCGGCGCUGCGUCCACCUCUGCGAUCGACUCGGACAAUCUAGACAGCGAGGGCUUACCCCCUCCUCUACAGCCUCAGGUGUUUGCUGGGUAGCUCUGUACCAGAUCACCAGUUCCAUCAACCAAGUUCCUCUGUAAAGUUACUGUUGAUAUUUAACACACUCCAGCGUGUGGGCCCUACUGACUGCAGGCCAAUGUGAAGUGGGAGAUGGUGCCCUCACUUAAUCAGCAAUCUUUCACCUUGUCUUUCCGUUAUUCGGGGAAAAGGAUUUGCACAUAUUUAUUUGGUUUCAGCUGAGCUCGACACUCCGCGAUUUUGUUUGUGAUGGAGUUAGCCAACACUCUACAGUGACAGCACACGAGAGGUUUUCUAACCUUUUUAUUUAACACAUUUGACAAGCGUUACCCAUGUGAAGCAAAAUAUUAGGGAGGAAGAAAUGGUAUGUGUACUAGGGAUAGGAAUCAACAAGGUCUAGCCGAUACGAUGUCCGUAUACAUGGGUGCUGAUUCGGUUUGUAUUGCGAAUCUUUUACUAUCACGAUUUUAUGAAUAUCCUGAUUCCAUAUAAUUUUUUAAAAAAUAAUUUUUUGUUGCAAUUUUAAACAAAAAUAAAUAAAUCUUAAAUCAUAAUUUGCACCUGUAACACACAAUGAUGUUCUGUCUGCUUGUAUGUGAAUAGUUUGGAUCAUUUAGUGCUACAGAGGAACUGCAAUAUUUUUCCACGUCAAAAACGAACAUGUACAAAUAAAUAAAUAAAAAUAAUUAAAUUCUGGAGUCAGUGUGGCAAUAAAUGAAUUUCCACACUAAAGAAUCACAUAUUUUGCGUCCAAAGAGGCAGAAUUUCUUAUAUUUUUAAUAUAGUUUUACUGAAUAGCACUCCCAAGUUUUUUUUUGUUUUGU